UAUCGAUAUUUAACUCAUUCCUAAAUUUUGACAUUUAUUUCUUCUUCCACUUUUAAAAAAGAGAAUUCAAAGGUUGUACCCUUGGGUUGUACCAUGGUUGUACCCUUAGAUUAACAAUAAAAAGUUGUACGGUUGUACGUUGUACCUAUGUUGUAUGUUGUUUUUAUUUAUAAGAAAUUCAAGAUGAAUUUAACUUUAAAUUUUAUAAGACAUACUUUAAGGAAACACAUAAUAAGUUAUUAUUCAUACAGUACAAAAUUAUUGCCAAAAAAUGAAAACAUUAAGAAGAUUCGUAACAUUGGAAUUAGUGCUCACAUCGAUGCAGGAAAGACUACAACUACGGAAAGAAUGCUUUACUAUUCGGGAUUGAUUGAACACAUGGGAGAGGUUCAUGAUGGGAAUACAGUUACUGAUUAUAUGGAUCAAGAAAGAGAAAGAGGUAUUACAAUUACAUCCGCAGCAGUAACUUUCUUCUGGAAGAAUCAUCAGUUUAACCUUAUCGAUACACCAGGACACAUAGAUUUUACAAUGGAAGUCGAGCAAACAUUAAAUGUUUUAGAUGGAGUAAUUGUUAUUUUAGAUGGAUCUGCAGGUACCAGGCGUUGAGGCCCAAACAUUAACUGUAUGGAGACAAGCAUGUAGGUACAAUCUACCAUGUAUUAUAUAUUUAAAUAAAAUGGAUAGAAGUGAUGCUGAUAUUCAUAUGUGCUGCUCUUCUAUAUUAAAAAAAUUAGGAGUUAUACCAAUUUUACUACAAUUACCUGUAGUGGAAAAUCAUAAAUUUGUUGGUAUUGUAGAUGUUGUAACGUCAGAAUUAAUUAAAUAUGGACAGGGAAAAAAUAAAAAUAUGUUAAAAGAGCCAUUAACAGAAAAAGAGUUUCCUAAAUUAUUUUCUGAAGCAAAAGAAGCACGAGUUAAAGCUAUAGAAACCUUAGCAGAUUUUGAUGAUGAAUUAGCUAAUACAGUAAUCGCAUCAGAAUCUUUUGAGAAUAUUUCCAAUGAUGAUAUAAUUAUAUCUUUAGUCAAAGUAACUAAUCAAAAGACUGCUGUGCCUGUAUUGCUAGGUAGCUCUUAUAAAAAUAUUGGUGUUCAGUCUUUAAUGGAUGCUGUGAUAUCAUAUUUACCAUGGCCAUUAAAUUCUAUAAGGGUAUUUUCUCAUUUUGAUGAUCAUUUUUGUGGAAGAGCUUUUAAAGUAAUACAUGACAAGCAGAGAGGGCCGUUAGUGUUCUUGAGAAUAUACAAUGGAGUUAUUAAGAAAGGUCAGAAAAUUUAUAGUAUUCAAAGGGAUGUAUCUGAACAGGUUGGAAGAGUUUAUGUUGCAUAUGCUGAUGAUUUUACAGAAGUAGAGUUAGUGGAGAAUGGUAAUAUUGCUGUAGUAUCAGGUUUAAAGAAAAUCAUGUCAGGAGAUCUAGUUGCAAGUUCACAAACAGCUUUUGAAAGAGCUAAAAAAAGCUUAAUAAAUGAAUUACAGAAAAAUAAAAAGAUCAUACCAGAAAAUACAGAUUCAUUAUUUGGAAUUAGUGCUAAGAUACCAGAACCUGUAUUUUUCUGUUCAAUUGAAUCACCAUCAAUGUCAACACAAUCAGCUUUGGAUCAAGCUUUGUCUGAAUUACAAAGGGAAGAUCCUAGUUUAAGGGUUAGUUAUAAUGAUGAAACUGGACAAACAGUUUUAGCUGGUAUGGGCGAGCUUCAUCUUGAGAUAAUCAGAGAUAGAAUUUUGAAAGAAUAUAAAAUAGAUGCUGACUUAGGACCUCUCCAAAUAUCCUACCGAGAAGCGUCAUUAAACAAAGUUACAGAUUCUUUGAAGGUUGAAACUAAAAUUGGAAACACUAAGCAUUCACUAUUAAUAUCUAUGUCUUUGCUACCAGAUUUUAAUCAGGAUGACAGAAAAGAGUUAUUACAGUUUGAUAAAACUCCUGAUAAUGCUAGUAACCUGGCUGGAAUAUAUCCAAAACAUUUGGUAGCUAUCAAAGAGGGAUUGAAAAUAGGAUUAAUGCAUGGGCCAAAAAUUAACAGCCAGGUGAUCAACACGGGUGUUAUGCUACAUUGGUUUGAAGCAGGCAGAGGUACAUCAGAAACAAUAAUUUCAGCGGCUGCUAAUCAGUUAACACAAAAGUUGUUAAAAGAAUCAGGAUCAUAUAUUCUCGAGCCAGUUGUGAAUUUGGAAGUAGUAAGUCCAUCAGAAUAUAUCUCAGUUAUUUUGUCAGAUUUAUCUCAAAGACGAGCUGCGAUAAAAAAUGUCGAUGUGAGGGGCGAUUCUAAGGUGGUAAUUGCGGUGGUUCCUUUGUCUGAGUUAUUAGGAUAUUCGACAGAUAUAAGAUCAAUAAGUUCAGGGACUGCAACCUUUUCUACAGAAUUUAAAAAAUAUCAGAGAAUGUCACCUCUAGAGGAAGAUAAUGCAAUAAGAAGUGUUAGAGGUUUUUAAAUACGAACUAAAAUGUCAGAAGUUUGUGUUUAUUAAAUAAGAAUAUUUGUUGUU